AUGGCCACCACCACCACCACCAGUCUUGGCAGCGGCGCCGGUGGAGACGACCGCGUCCUCGCCACGGCUCAGCAGAUCGUGAAGAGCCUCAGAGCCGCCAAAGAGGAUCGUGAAGACAUGCUUCUGAUCUUCUCUAACUUCGAUAACCGACUCUCUGGCAUCUCCGACCUGAUAAACGGCGACGAUUCCAAAUCCUCCGAUGAGGAAGAACUCGACCGCUUCGAAGCCGCGGAGAAAGUGAUUCUCGCUGGCGCGUCUCUCUCUGGCGAGCCUUCGCGCCAAUCCACGUCGCUCUUCAACCCCCCGAACAAUUCCGCGGAGUACUUCUCCGCGGUGGACGAGAUCAUCCACUGGAUGGAGCAGUUAUCGAUCGCGCCGCCGUCCUCCGCCGCGGGGCGCACCGGGCAGGUCAUCGCAUACCGUGCGGAAAACGCGAUUCAGCUAGCGAUGUCGCGGUUGGAGGAGGAACUGCGGCACGUGCUGAUUGGCAACACGGUCCCACUAGACGCCGUAAGCCGCUACGGCUCGAUCAGGAGGGUUUCACUAUCGUUUGGGUCGCACGACGGCGCCAUCGAUGAUACCCUGGAGAGCUUCGGCGAGGUUGGUUCGAGCCGCUUCCACGAGCGCGGCGCGAGCCUUGGCGACGAUUUGUUCGUCGAUUUGGUGCGUCCCGAAGCGGUUCAGGACCUUAGGGAAAUUAUCGAUCGCAUGGUUAGGUCUGGUUACGAGAGAGAGUGCCUUCAGGUUUAUAGCAGUGUCCGUCGUGAUGCUUUGGAUGAGUGUUUGGUUAUUCUGGGUGUUGAGAGGUUGAGUAUUGAAGAGGUUCAGAAAGUUGAGUGGAGGAGUUUGGAUGAGAAGAUGAAGAAUUGGGUUCAGGCUGUGAAGGUUGUUGUUGGGGUUUUGUUGAGUGGUGAGAAGAGGCUGUGUGAUGGUUUGUUUGGGGAUUUGGAUGAUUUGAAGGAGAUUUGUUUCAAUGAGACUGCUAAGGGGUGUGUUAUGCAGUUGCUGAAUUUCGGCGAAGCUAUUUCGAUUUGUAAGCGCUCGCCGGAGAAGUUGUUUCGGAUUUUGGAUAUGUAUGAGGCUCUGAGGGAUGCCAUGCCUGAUUUGCAGGCCAUGGUUUCGGACGAGUUUGUGAUUGGUGAGGCCAAUGGUGUGCUGAGUGGGCUUGGUGAGGCUGUCAAAGGGACUUUUGCUGAGUUUGAGAAUUGUAUUAGGAAUGAAACUUCCAAAAAACCAGUCAUAACUGGGGAUGUCCAUCCCUUGCCUCGUUAUGUCAUGAAUUACCUCAAGUUGCUUGUGGAUUAUGGUGACCCUAUGGAUUCGCUUCUGGAGACUAGUGAGGAGGAUCUAUAUCGAUUUAGAAAUGAUCUUGGUGGUGAUGGUUCGCAGUUGGAAGCCAUGUCACCCUUGGGGCAGCGGAUUCUGUUGCUCAUGUCUGAGCUUGAGUAUAAUCUUGAGGAGAAGUCGAGGCUUUAUGAGGAUAGUGCAAUGCAGCAGGUGUUUUUAAUGAAUAAUCUGUAUUACCUAGUGCGGAAAGUGAAGGACUCGGAUCUUGGGAAAGUCUUGGGGGAUAACUGGAUUAGGAAACGCCGUGGUCAGAUACGCCAGUAUGCUACAGGGUAUCUCAGAGCCUCUUGGAGCAAGGCCUUGUCUUGUUUAAAGGAUGAAGGGAUUGGAGGGAGCUCUAAUAAUGCAUCGAAGAUGGCUUUAAAGGAGAGAUUCAAGAGCUUCAAUGCCUGUUUUGAAGAAAUUUAUAGGGUCCAGACAGCUUGGAAGGUACCGGAUGAUCAGCUUCGCGAGGAGCUGCGGAUAUCCAUAUCGGAAAAGGUGAUUCCUGCAUACCGUUCUUUUAUGGGUAGGUUUAGGAGUCAGUUAGAGGGAAGGCAUGCGGGGAAAUACAUCAAGUAUACACCAGAGGAUCUAGAGACCUAUCUAUUAGAUUUAUUUGAAGGAUCCCCUGCUGUAUUGCAUCACAUAAGGAGGAAAAGCACGUAG